GGAAACAACAAAGCUGUCAGAGAAUGUGAAUGAAGAGAGAAGUACUAUGGAACCUCCGCAGCCCUGUAGGUUUGGAAGGCUUAAAUCCAAGCUUGGAAAGGCUUUUUCCAUUCCAAAUGAUUUGCUGGCUUAAGCGCUUGAUUAGGAUGGCUUUUGAACAAGUUGGAUUAAACAUGGAAUCAGUGCUUUGGUCAAGCAAGCCUUAUGGUUCAUCUCGAAGUAUUGUAAGAAAAAUUGGUACUAACCUCUCUCUUAUACAGUGUCCAAGAGUUCAGUUUCAGCUUACUUCUCAUGGCACCGAAGGAAACCAUCCUAAUCAACUCAGAGAAGAUGCAGUGGCCUCCUUUGCAGAUGUGGGGUGGGUUGCUCAAGAAGAAGGUGAAGACUCUACAAGGCUCAGGUCAGAAGUUUGGUCAAAAACAGCCCAGCCUCUUUCAGGUGAACUACAUCGUUCUGGAAAGUCCCCAUGCAGACAGAUGUCCUUACAAAACCCAUUGGAAGAAGAACCAGCAUCCAGAAGCAUAGUGACCGCAAAUGAAGAAGCUCUGCAGAAGAUUAGUGCUCUAGAAAAUGAACUAGCCACUCUAAGAGCACAAAUAGCCAAAAUUGUAAUCUUGCAAGAACAACAGAACCUGACAGCAGUUGGGUCAAAUCCAGUUGCUUCAGCUGCUGUCCCUGUUGCACCUCCACCACCACCACCUCCUCCUCCGCCACCACUCCCUCCCCCAGGUCUACAACGGAGUACAUCAGCAAUUGAGCUCAUUAAAGAAAGGAAAAACAAAAAAACAAACUCUGGACAGAAUCUGACAGAAAAUGGGCCAAAGAAGCCUGAAAUACCAAACAUGCUAGAAAUCCUCAAAGACAUGAACAGUGUGAAACUACGCUCAGUGAAAAGAUCAACAGAAGGUACAAAAUCUAAAGUGGCUGACCCAACAGAUCCUGCGGCAUUAAUAGCAGAAGCGCUCAAAAAGAAAUUUGCCUAUCGAUACCAAAAUGAUAGCCAAAGUGAAACAGAAAAAGUGAUUCCAAAGACUGAAACAAAGACAAAGACUGAGGUAGUGCUGUUUGGACCACACAUGCUGAAGUCUACAGGAAAAAUGAAGACUUUAAUUGAAAAAUCUUAAUACAUUAAGAUCACUACACAAAAGACUG